AUCGCUGUCUCUUUCCCUCUUGAAAGAAUAACCGACGAAUGUGCGGUUUGUUCUGAUUAUUCAACAAGUUUUAUUUUUUAUUUUUCACUGUUUCCUACUUGGUGCAUAUUGUUUCAUUACUGGUAAUAAAUUGCUAUAACAAUCACGAUGUCCGCUCUUGUUCAUGAAAAAGUUUGGUUAGACAAAACCCUUUACACCGACGCCGAAAGGGAUUACUAUGUAUCGUUGUCAAAGGUUCGAGUUACUCCACUUACGUUAACUCAGUCUUCUUUGGCCAAUGAAGUGGCAAAGGCUAGACAGCACAUCAAAAACUCUCUAGAAUGUAUGGAUAGUGUAGCCAGCCUAGCAGGAGUUCCCAACAUUGAAUUGUUUAACAAAAUAAACGGCCUGGAGAAAGAAAACUCAACUCUCAAAAAGUCCAUUGAUGACUUGCGCAACUUGGUCAUCAGCCUUCAAGCUAGAGUUGACUCCCUAGAAAAAGUGGGCACCAAAAUAGGAGCACCUAAACCCCAUGCAGAGGUUCCCAAACCCCAGGUAGUACAAGAUGAUGAUGAUGAUGAUGGUGUGGAUCUAUUUGGAUCAGAUGAUGAAGAAGAAAGUGCAGAAGCUGCAAAAAUAAGAGAAGAGCGUCUAGCUCAAUACAAUGCAAAGAAAGCCAAAAAACCAGUCCUUAUUGCAAAGUCCAACAUAAUAUUGGAUGUGAAACCUUGGGAUGAUGAAACUGACAUGGUGGCUAUGGAAAAGGUAGUCAGAGAAAUCAGCACUGAUGGUCUUCUUUGGGGUGCAGCCAAACUUGUGCCAUUGGCAUAUGGCAUUCACAAACUGCAGAUCUCUUGCGUCGUAGAAGACGACAAAGUCUCUAUCGACUGGCUUACAGAAGAAAUAGAGAAACUUGAAGACUUCGUUCAAAGUGUCGACAUAGCGGCUUUCAAUAAAGUGUAACAAAAUAUAAAAAUGUUAUUAAAAGCUAAUUUCUUUCAACA